CUCACCUCGAUGCGGUUGCCACGCAAGCAAAAGACGAUCCUCGUCAUCACCUUUGGAUUCGGCAUCUUCGCCGCCGUGGUCGAUGUCGUUCGAAUUGCCUAUCUGCAGCAGGCCUCCGUCACUCGCCUCCAGGGCCUCCGGGCUUGGAUGCAGAGCUCCUCCGCGGAAACGAGGAACCACGAGCAGAGCGACUUUGCCUGGUACGCGUCGUUGUCGUUCAUGUGGUCUGCAAUCGAGGUCAACGUCGGCAUCAUGUGCGGUUGCGUUCCGGCAUUGAAGCCGCUCGUCUCGCGCUUCAUGCCGCGCAUCCUGCGGGAUGCGGGUGACACCUUGCAAUCGCAGACUCACAGGCGGCAGACGCUAAGCAGCAUGGACCUGGCCCGAGUACAGUACGUGCCGUCCGCGGAAGCGCCGGUUCAAGAGCCACCGCCAAUUGCCACGCCUGGGCCAGACGAGCCCAUGGGAAUGAUGGACUUCCUGACGACGCCCGAUAUGGACGAGCUUCCGCAGUGCCAGCGAACGACAACCGCCCUGACCAACAGCACCAGACACACGAGCGCGCCGUCUCCGACCUUCUUUGAUUUUGUUAGUUUCAAGCGAAAGAAGAGCCUGGUCCAACUGAGCACUCGCGAGUCCAUUUUUCCAAUUGCCGUGGUCACGUUCCUCUUCUUCGUGUGGGGGUUUGCGUAUGGCCUGCUUGACGUUCUCAACAGCCGGUUUCAGGAGUUUGCCAACAUGACGACGGGCCAGAGCAUCAGCAUCCACAGUCUCUAUUUCGUAGGGUAUUUCGUUGGGCCAGUAACGUUCGGGCGGAUCGUGUUCCAGAAGUUUGGUUUCAAAGCUUGCUUUAUCGUUGGGCUCUGCAUCUACGCUUGCGGGAGUCUGAUUUUCUGGCCCUCGGCGGUUCUGACGUCGUAUCCUGCAUUCUUAAUCUCGAACUUUAUCAUAGGAUUAGGUCUGUCGACGCUGGAGAUUGCCGCGAACCCGUUUAUUGCCCUUUGCGGGCCGCCGCAGCACGCUGAAAUCCGUUUGAACAUCUCGCAAGGCGUCCAGGCCAUCGCGACGGUCACGUCUCCGCUCCUGGCCAAGAAAGUGUUGUUCAAAAUCGAAGCAAACUCCCUGAUUGACGUGCAGUGGACAUACCUUGGCAUAUCUCUGUUCACCGUUCUGCUCGCCGUGGCAUACUUCUACAUACCGCUGCCGGAAGCCACGGGCCAGGAACUGGACGACGCGGCGGAGCGGCCAGACGACGCGAACGUGGCACGCAUCGGCAACGUGCGCGUCAUCUGGAUCACGCUGGCGCUGGGCGUGUUCGCCAUGUUCUGCUACACGGGCGUGCAAGAAGCCGUGUCGACGUCGUUCAAGACAUACUUCAACGCCGUGGCGCCAUGGGUCCAGACGACGAACCACAUGGCGUACGCGCACACGGCCUUUGCAGUGGGACGGUUCCUAGCCGCGCUGGUCAACGUGUGGGUGAGGCCGCGGGCGAUCAUGCUCGUCUGCUUUCUAGGCGUGAUGGCGUUCGCGAUCGUAGCCUUCGAGUCCGACGGCAACCUGGCCGCCAUCGCAGUCGUGUUCCUCUACUUCUUCGAGGGGCCGAUCUUCUCGCUGGUCUUCGCACAGGCUCUGCGCGGGCUCGGGCGCAACACGAAGGAAGCGUCGACGUGGCUGACGGCCGCCGUGUCGGGCGCGGCCGUGCUGCCGCCCGUCUUCUACGGCGUGCAGAAGUCGCACGGCGUGCGCUACGCGUACUGCGUGCCCAUUGCGGCGGCGGCGUUCGGCGCGCUCUUGCCGCUGUACCUGAAUUUUUUGCCUGCCGCGCGCAGGCAGGUCGACCCUAUCGAUCUGGGCUCCUGCGACGAGCACGAGCUCUCGACCUGCGUCUCCCCGGCUUAUCAGCGCCCGCUGCCGCCGCGCAGGCGCUGGUUUGGCAGGCGCAGGGACAAGGACUUGGAGCUGCCGUCGGUGCAUCAGAAGGAGCGCAAUUCGUGGCCGAGCAGCGCGUGAGUCUGUCUGUCUCCUCCGUUUUUCGUGAGAUGAUCCUGCCCCGUCUAUUCUUUUUAUAUAAUUUCGUCGGUUUGUCUGUCUGUUCGUUGUCUAUAUUUCCAUGUUUUUUGUUAUGGCUGCCUGGCUGGCUGCUUGCUUGCUUGGGCGGGCGGGCGGACUGCCGCUGCUGCUGCU